AUGUCGAAAUCUCGUAGUCAAUCGUCUGUACCUGCCUUUUUAUAGAAAACGUAUGAUAUUUUGGAAAAUCCUUAAUUGUAAGAUAUUGUUGGUUGGAAUGAAGAUGGUUCAGGUUUCCUUGUGAAAAACGUGAUAGCCUUCUAAGAUUAGGUUCUUCCAAUGUACUUUAAACAUAGAAACUUUGCAUCCUUUGUUCGCCAAGUAAAUAUCAAGAGUCAAAUUUAAUAGAUGAACAUGUACGGGUUCCACAAAUCAAGAAGUGAUUUGAAAGAAAAUGAAUUCAUUCAUCCACAUUUUAGGAAGGACUAAAGAAAUCUAUUGAAAAAAAUAAAAAGAAAGGCUGGUGAACAUAAUGAUGAGUAAUUUGCAAUAAUGGAACUUAAACCACAUAGAAAUACCAAUUUAUAAGAUAAAUAAAUUCAAGAAAUAAUAGCAAAAUAGCAGGAGUUAGAGAAAGUUUGUAAAAUAUUGAUUGAUUAGAAUAAUAAAAUAUUAUAAUGCAAUCAAUAACUUAGAAAUCAAUUGGUUCAAGAGAGAUUCAAUGGUAAUAAAAAGAUUCAGAAGCUAAAGGAUUACUUUAUAGGAUAAUAAUAGAUUCAAACUUUGGAAGAUGAUCCUCUACAAAAAAGAUAAUCUGCAUCAUUAUAUUAGGCCUUAGAAUCAGAUAAUGAAGAUCUGAUUGUUGUGAAUAAAAAAAAAGUGAAAGAAGACGAUUCUGAUAGCACUAUUGAAAGAAUGGAUAAUCAAUACUCGAAUCCACCUUUGAUGCUGACAAAUGCUGAACACUAAGAUAUAUAAGACUUAAAUGAUGAUGGAAUAAUUCAAUUGUUGAGAGAUCAACAAUUGGAUGAUUUAUACUUUGAUUGAUCUAUAAAAUAAUUAUGAAUAAA